AUGCCACCCCUCCCCAUCCCCCGCCCCAGUGGGGCACUCCGAACCCUAGACACAGCAAUCGCAUCCCCAAACCCAGCCUACCAAGUCUUCAACCGCCGAACAAAAUGUCUCCAGCGCAGCCGAUCCACCCAGAACCCAGCGCACAGUCGUGCAACCGACUACCUAAAAUCGGAGAUCUCCCUUCGCCUGAUCGACCGCGUCCAGGACAUCCAGCGACCACUCCCGCACAUACUAGACCUGGGUGCGGGCGCCUGCCACAUCGCGCGGCAGCUCCCGCUGGGGAUAAGCAGUCGGCUGGAGAAACUGACGUGCGUGGACAUGAGCCGUGAGUUGCUGUACCGGGACGCGGAGCUGGAAUUCAAUGAUAAUCUGCCGAUAGAACGGGUGGUAGCGGACGAGGAGGUACCGCCGUUCGCGGAGAAUACCUUCGACGCGGUGAUUUCUAGCUUGUCGAUGCAUUGGAUAAACGACCUUCCAUAUACGCUUUCCAGUAUUAAUCGGAUACUAAAGCCUGAUGCGCCGUUUAUUGCCGCGAUUCUGGGAGGGGACACUCUGUUUGAAUUGCGGACGUCGCUGCAGUUGGCGGAGUUAGAGCGGCGGGGCGGUGUAUCCCCGAGGGUCUCGCCGCUGGCGGAUGUUCGCGAUGUUGGUGGCUUGAUGCAGAGGGCAGGGCUUAAGCUGCUGACGAUAGAUGUUGAUGAUGUUGUUGUGGAGUUCCCGGAUGUGUUUGCGCUCAUGGCCGACCUGAAUGCCAUGGGAGAGGGUAACGCGGUUUCAGCUAGAGAGGUGGGGCCGAUUGGGAGGGAUGUGUUGAUGGCUGCGGAGGGGGUGUAUAGGGAGUUAUACGGUGGCGAGGAGGGGAGGCUGCCAGCUACUUUUAGAGUUAUUUAUAUGAUUGGCUGGAAGGAGGGCGAGAACCAGCCAAAGCCUUUACCGAGGGGCAGCGGGGAGAUUCCUCUAAAGGAUAUCUUGGAGGGUGAGAAGGAAUGAAUUGUGGUAAGUGAACUUGCAGCCUCCUCCAUUCUUCCUCCUCACAGGAGUAAGAUACCAUGCAGAAGCCGACGCCAAACGGCUU